AAACAAAUUAACAAAGCCAUAGUAUAAAGUGGGGAAAAAAAAAAGAGAAAAAAGAAAGAAAGAAAGAAAGAAAAGGAGGAGAGUGAUUUAGCUAGAAUUUUUAGGGUACAAGCAUGGAUUCCAGCUCUCUUUCUAAAGUAUUGAUAUCGGCGGCAGUAAUUGGUUUUGCGGGACUUUUCCUUCGGCUCUACAAUUCAUUAGUGGCAAAACCAGGAAGGCUUCGAGCAGCCCUGAGAAAGCAGGGAGUGAGCGGGCCUAAACCAACUUUGCUUCUUGGUAACAUCUUGGAGAUCAAGAAGGCUAGAGAUGCUGCAGCCAAGAAUACCACUGAUGGCGCACCUGAUUCUCAUAAUUGUGGAUCCUUUGUCCUUCCAUUUUUCGAUAAAUGGCGGAGCCAAUUUGGCGAAAUUUUCAUGUUUGCUCUGGGUAACACCCAAAUUUUGUACGUAACACAACCUGAUAUGGUGAGGGAGAUAACUACCUGCACAUCCUUGGACUUUGGAAAGCCAACAUAUCAAGCGAGAGAGAGGGGUUCUUUGCUUGGCCAGGGUAUCCUAACUUCUAAUGGGGCUGUUUGGGCUCACCAGAGGAAGAUUCUUGCUCCCGAAUUGUACAUGGAGAAGGUCAAGGGAAUGGUUGGUCUAGUUCAGGAGUCCACUGUCACAAUGGUAAACUCGUGGAAGAGUAUAAUCGAGGCUGGGGGUGGAAUUGCAGAAAUCAAAAUCGACCAACACAUGAGAAGCUUUUCCGGCGAUGUCAUCUCAAGAGCAUGCUUCGGAAGUAACUAUUCCAAAGGAGAAGAAAUUUUCAAGAGACUCAGAGCUCUUCAAGAAGCUGCAUCCAAGAGAGUUCUCGCCACUGGAAUCCCGGGCGCGAGGCAUCUUCCUACUAAGAGCAAUAGGGAAGCGUGGGCGUUAGAGAAGGAGAUCAAAACACUCAUCUUACAAGUGGUGAAGGAGAGGACAGAAGCUGGAUACGAGAAGGAUCUCCUGCAGAUGGUUCUUGAAGGAGCUAAGAACAGUGACUUGAGCCGGGAUGAUAUUGACCGCUUCAUCGUUGAUAACUGCAAAAACAUCUAUUUGGCCGGCUACGAGACUACUGCUGUCUCAGCCACAUGGUGCCUCAUGCUCUUGGCUGCAAAUCCCGAUUGGCAAGAACGCAUCCGCGCCGAAGCCGUCGAAAUUUGCAGAGGACAAAUUCCAGAUGCUGAUAUGAUCCGUAAGAUGAAACAGUUGACGAUGGCAAUCAAUGAGUCACUGCGCCUUUAUCCUCCGGUGUCCGUCGUCUCAAGGGAGGCCUUGAAAGACAUGAAAUUUGGGGACAUAAAGAUUCCUCAGGGUGUGAACGUCUGGACCCUGGUGACAACAUUGCAUACUGAUCCUGAAAUAUGGGGUCCCGACUCCUACAAGUUCAAUCCGGAUAGGUUUGCAAAUGGGAUAACGGGCGCAUGCAAGCUACCGCACUUGUACGUGCCAUUCGGGGUUGGUCCGAGGGUGUGCCUGGGACAGAAUUUGGCCCUGGUGGAACUCAAAAUCUUGAUUUCCAUGAUUUUAGCCAACUUCUCCUUCUCCAUUUCUCCCAAAUACAAGCACUCACCGGCUCUGCAUUUAGUCAUCGAGCCCGGAAACGGUGUCGAUCUAUUGGUGAAGAAGUUGUAAGGACCACAAAGUGAUCGAGAUCCUCUUUGAUCUAAUGGAUUCGUAAGUGAUUACGAGAGAUCAAUCUUCCAGGACAAAAAUUGCAUAGGAAGCUACACCGCCAAAAAUUUGUGAGGAUUAAUUAAUAUGGGUUCCUUUGCAUUGCACUGUACUUGGUUAAUAGUAAUUCUUUUUUAUCAAAAAAUUUUUUUUUUAAGGCAAGGAGAGUUGUGUUUAGAACUUAAAUCUCCUUGGUCACAUAUGAAGCAAGAAUCAGUACAUGCAUGUACCAUAGCUUUUUCUCUGCACCAAAACUGUACGCUAUUGAUUAUGUUUCAUGCCACGCGACGAGACAUUAUUAUAUUUAUGACCCCAAAAUAAA